AUGGCUCUUUGGCAUACAUCGGCCGUAGAUCGAUCGUUUCAACGAUUGCAAGUUGAGGCGAACCCGAGUGUUUCCUACUUACAUCAUCCGUCUGGGGUUACUGUAUUGUCUUUAAACACGGAUUUUCAUACUUUACCUUCUCCAGUUAUGCAAGUUGAUUUUGGCGUUGGAAAAAAGUCAUCAAUCGAAAGGGGUGGUCAAGCAGUUAUAGGAAAAAGUAAAAAGGGUGCAUUAUUGGUUCAAAAAGAGACCAAAUUGUGUAUUGUUCGAUGUGAAGAUGGUUCAGAAAUCGUUGUGCGAGCCGGUGUGAAAGGAACACUGUUAGAAGUGAAUGAUCGUUUAAAAAUGACGCCUGAUCUGAUACGAACGGCUUCAGAGAACCAGGGCUACAUAGCAAUCAUUACAUAUGGGGGCGGCAAACGACGCUUAGCUACAGAUGGAGAUGUAUUUAUUGUGCCGAAAAAACGCGUCUACUUGAAAGCACUUGAUGGUUGGGUUCUUCUCACUGAAAAGAUGGGUACCUCUCUGAAUGGGGGAAAGAGCGAAGAGACUGCACCGCGACGCAUCAGUCACUGCGUUGCUUGCUCAGUCUCUCGU